AUGGCCGCGCCGCGCCGCGAUCGCUGACCGCAGCGACCUACCGCGCCCGACACCCGCGCGACUAGUUCCGCGCACCGAACCUCGCCCCACGCCCGGCGGCUCGGCGGCCCACACCUCGCUACGCCGCCGCUAGGUAAAGUAUCCGGGGAACCCGCGGCCGCCGCUAUAGUAGCUUGCGCCUUGCGGCGCCCGCAUCGCUUCUAGUGCUGGCCCACGCUUUGUUCUGCGGUGUCAUUGCGCCGGGCUCGGGCGUCCCGCGCGACCCUCCUCGCGCCCCGCGCCCCUCGCCUUCCGCCCACCGUUCAUGACGAUACAUAGGUGUCGGGGGCGCAGCGCGGGCGCGAGCGGCAUGCGGCCCCGGCGGCAGACGCCCAUGGAGGUCGGCUAGCGGCGCGCGCGCAGCCCCCGCGCCCGCACCCCCCGCCCCGUCCCGCAGAAGCCAUGGAACUCGCUGACGUGCCUCGACACCGACCCCUCGCCUUCGAUAAGAUGGAAAGUUUGAUAAAGGAAAUGCAAGAUCCAGAAACUGGUGUACCAGUACGAAGUCAAAAACUAUUUCUUAGUGUUAUUCCAUCUGCUUUUAUGGGAUACGAUCUUGUCGAAUGGCUAAUGGAACGGUUUAAUCUUGAUGAAACUAGCAAUGGUGAGUGUUUUGUAGCAAGCAGUGGACCCUGGGCUGGGUCCCGCCGCAGGAACCCCGUAGAGUCUAGCUAUAUUGAGAAGUUCAAGUUGUACCCCCAGGUGUUAAUAUUUGAAGCAAUAAAUUUAGCCAAUCAACUCUGCCAAUAUGGUUACUUCUUUCCUGUCAACGAUUUAAAAAACCUUGUCUUAAAGGAUGACUCUUCUCUAUAUAGAUUUCAAAGUCCAUAUUACUGGCCAUGGCAAGCUCCGCGGGUUGCCGGUGGUUCCGGAGCUCCUACUCUAGGCCCCGACAAUGUGGAGUACGCUAUAUACCUUGUGAAACGUACCCUACGCAACAAACAGCGCCAUGGCCUUGAGGAAUAUGAACAGGAGGCGCUCGCUAAUCUUAAGAAGAACCUGGCUGCCAAGUGGGAUUUUAUAACAAUGCAAGCAGAAGAACAGGUCCGGCUUGCGAAAGAGCGUAAAAAGGGUGACAAGAUAGUGAGCGACAGCCAGGAGCGUGCGUACUGGCGCGUGGCGCGGCCACCCCCAGGAGUCUCGAGCGCCCUGGAGCCGUGCCCCGUGCCCGUCCGCAACCGACACCCGCGACCCAAGAAGCGCACCAUACACCAACUCACGCGGGAGAUUGAACAUUUGAAAGCUAGCCUGGAUCGCACGAGAGUGAAGACUUCCAUUGCCCUAGAGGCCCUAAUGGCCUAUUCGGAGACCUUCGCUCCCUACGAUCCCUGGCUUACCCCACCACAGCCUUCCAACCCUUGGGUCAGCGAUGACACUCUCUUCUGGCAGAUCAACAGUCCUCUAGUGGAAGUGCCAAGCGAGAAACGUGUUCAACGCUGGGCACUAUCAAUAGACGAAUUGGUGUCAGACCCGACCGGUCUGCAGGAGUUCACCAGUUUUUUGCGCAAGGAAUAUUCCCACGAGAACAUUCGUUUCUGGCUCGCCGUUAUGGACUUACGUCGAAGUAGCACCAAGCAAAUACCUAAGAAGCUGAAGGAAAUCUAUGAAGAGUUUCUUGCGCCGGGCGCGCCGUGUGAAAUCAACAUCGAUGGCGCAACGGCGGAACGCGUGGCGGAAGGAAUCCGUUCUGGUUCACGGUUCGCGCUUGACCACGCGGCCGGCCAUGUGUACGGACUGCUUCUCAAGAAAGAUUGCUAUCCCCGUUUUGUACGCUCUGAGCACUUCCAGCGGUUGCUCGCAGACGGGAAAAAUGUACACCAGAAGAAGGCCAAAUUCUUCAACUUCGGUGGCCAAGUAAAGAAGAAGCCGGGCUCGUCAAGUACGGGCGCGGGCGCAGGCGCGGGCCCGCUGGGUCGACGGCGCGGUUCGGACCGCUCGCUGUCGGGCUCCGCCCACGAGCUCGCCGUCUGCGCCGCGCAGCCGCCGCGCGCGCCCGACCCUCCGCCCCACAGCCACUCGCAGUCCAACCUCUGCGAUAUACCCUUUAGAGAUCCACUCGAUGAUGAUACUUGUGAAGUACUACCAUGGGAGAGUGCAUCUCGUGAGGGAGUAUAUGGCGUCGCCAGCAGAAGACGUCAAGAUUCGACCGCGGAUUCUGGCAGCUCGUCGUCGGACGUGAGCGCGGCGGUGGUGGUGGGCGAGCGUACGCGGCGCUUGCCGCAGCAGAGCACGCUGGACGGCGGGCUGCGUGGCGCGCCGCCGCCGCUGCGCCGGCUGUCGGCGGUGGAGCCGCGACACCUGGCGCCGCUCGGCUCGCCGCCGCACUCCCCGCGCCCGCCACGGCCCUCGCCCGCACCUCCGCCCCCACCGAUCGCGCCGCCGCACCCCACGCCCACCAUCAGCGUCAGCUCCGCACCCGACGACGAGUCCCCGCCCAACACCGCCUCGCCGGAGGAGGCGCGCUCGACGGCGCAGUCCGACGAGCCCUCCUCGGUGUUCGCCUCCGCGGACGCCACGCCGACAGAACCCAGCCGAUCUGCCGUCAAGGCAUUCGAGAAUCGCAGCCCGCUCUCCUCCGACGCCACCCUCCCGCCCCCGGAUUCCGGUUGUGAUGACUUUCGAACUGAUGUUACGACAGUGGAAGUGAACGUGAGAUCCGAGUCGCGCGACGGCUCGACCGCCUCCGGUGCGAUGUCGGAUUCUAGGGGUUCCGAGCGGACGAGGUCGUCCGACGACGACGUCGUCUCGGUGAGAGGAUCCGUUUCCCUGGAACCGUCGACGAUAGAAAUCAGUCCGGCCUCAAGUAAGGAUACCAGUAGCAAAAUCGGCGAUCUUCCAGCGAACGUGGACGAGAAGGUCGGCAAUACGGAGUCGGUCAAGACGAUAGCCACCAGCACUAGUGCCCAGUGUGCGACGAGCACGCCGUUAACGGGACCGGCACCGUCCGUGGCGCCGAGCCCGGCCGCGAAGCCGGCGGCGGCGCCGGUACCGGUCUCCGUUUCGACGAUAGGUCCGGCGCCAGCCCCGGCCGUGCUCCGGCCGCCGGUGGCGCCUCUCGCCGUCUGCGAGGACAUCGGGGUCGACGACGACAACGUAGACAAAGUGCCUUCGGCGCCCUUGCAAAGGGUCUCGGGUCUCACCGAGGCGUCGUCCGAGUCGGACGCGACGAAAAAAAUUGCUCAUACAGACGAACUGUCGUCGGUCUCUGAACCCAAUAUUGUUAAGCGUGAUAAUAACAGCGGCAUCGGUGAGCAUAAGCAGCGGAACGACAUUUGUCCCUGGGAGGACGAGUAAGUACUCGAAUUCCUGUGAGAGUGAUGCUCCAUUUGUUAAAACUUAUGCAACGCUCGGUUAUUUAUAAUUUUUGUAGGCGAAUAUCAAGAAUAUUUUAUGAUGUCAGGGUUAUAGAAAGAAAUAAUAUUUAAUUUUUUAUCUUAGACCCUAUGUUUUAAUUAUCACAGAUUUAGCCAUUAUUAUGUAAUUAUAUGAAUAUUUUA